AUGUACAACACUCAAAACGAUGCAGAAGCAAUGUGGGGAUUCUACGAUUUUGUUGAUACGAGUUUCGUAUCCAACAGAGAGAAUGGAUUACUUCACAAUUCUUUGAAAUUAGUAAUCGAGUGCGAAAUUAAAAUAUACGCAUCCGGUGACAAGGAAAGGGCAAAUCAAGACGAUUGCGUGAGAGAAGAAGAGAAAACACAGCGACUGGAAGAGUUCGAUAGAUACGAAAACCUCUUAGACAGCAGUGCUUUCAGCGACGUGUCAUUCAUGGUCGAGGGUAAAAUUUUACACGCGCACAAGUGUAUUCUCGUAAAGAGCAGUCCAGUUUUCUCCGCCAUGUUUAACAACGAGAUGAGGGAAAAACAGGAGCGGAUGAUAGAGAUGGAAGAUAUCAAAUACAGCGCUUUCGUCGAAAUGCUUCGUUUCAUAUACUGCGGCAAGAUUAACCUUGAGAUCGACAACAUGGAGCUUAGCGUUGGCGAUCUUUUGUUUGCUGCGGAUAAGUAUGACAUCGAUGGACUGAAGGACAAGUGUGAAAAGUUGAUGGGUAAAAAUGUAUCCAACGAUAAAGUUGUAGACAUUCUCAAGCUUGCCGAUCGGCAUAACGCUAGCAAUUUGAAAUCUAAAGCAAUAAAGUUUAUUGUUUCGCGCUCGAGUAAUGUUUUGAAAAUACCAAAUUUCAAAACGUUGACCAACAUACCAGACCUUCUAUGCGAAGUUUGCCUUGCAAUCGCAUACAAGAAGAAGUAG